AUGGGUGAUGAUAUUAUGGGUUAUAAUGGUGGUGUUGCACUGGCAAUGAAAGGAAAAGAAUGUGUUGCAAUUGCCUGUGAUAAACGUUAUGGUGUUCAAAAUCGUACAAUAGCAACAAAUUUUACAAAAAUAUUUGAAUAUGGUCCACAUUGUUAUGUUGCACUUUGUGGUUUAGCAACAGAUGUACAAACAGUUGCUGAACGUUUAAAAUUCCGUACAAAUUUGUAUGAAUUACGUGAACAACGAAAACUUAAACCAAAUGUUUUAUAUAAUAUGUUAACAAAUUUAUUAUAUGAAAAACGAUUUGGACCCUAUUUUGUUUUUGCUUUAGUUAUCGGUUUAGAUCCAAAAACGGGUCAAACGUUUUUGUAUGAUUCAGAUAAUAUUGGUGCUAUAAGUGAUAAUGUUAAUUUAGCAACAGUUGGUACAGCUAGUGAAUAUAUAUUUGGUUUAGGUGAAUUAUUUUUUAAACCGGACAUGACACCAGAUGAAUUAUUUGAAGCUACAUCUCAAUCACUUUUAAAUGGUUUUGAUCGUGAUUCAGCAUCUGGGUGGGGUGCUGUGGUUUAUGUUAUUGAAAAAGAUAAAGUGACUGUUCGUGAAUUGAAAGCAAGACAAGAUUAA